AUGAGGUACUCAACAGCAUGCUCGGCCUGUCGAGCUCGAAGGCGGAAAUGCGAAGUUCCCAUCCCCGGCGGCCAGUGCGCCUACUGCAGCGCCCAGAACCUCGCCUGCUCGCGCGCCGGCUCCAUCAUCCAGCCCAAAAAGUCACCCACAAGUCCCGUGCCGCCAGCAGUCGUGUCCAUGGACAUGACCAUGACCCGUGACAUGGGCCACGUCAUGAGCCCGACGGUGACGACGGCGACAACCAUGACCCUGACGACAGGAGCGGCGGCGGCGACGACAAACAUGUCACCCCAGAUCAUGGGCAUCGCGCCGGCCGCCGCCGUCCAGGACAAGGCCCUCUGCUUUGAGCUGGUCGAGCUGUACUUCAAGUACAUCCACGACCAGCUGCACUCGCUCUUCCACCGCCCGAGCUUCAUGCUCGACCUUCACGAGGGCACGGCGCCCCUGGUCCUCGUCUACGGCAUGAUGGCCCUGUCGGCGCGCUUCUCGUCGAACCACGCCUUUAGUGGCAUCCCGCCCAUGGCCCGCGGCGAGCACUUUGCCACCGAGUGCAACCUGCUGCUGAACCUGCGCGACGUGUCACUGACGACGAGCCAGGCGUGCGUCCUGCUGGGCGCUGUGAGCAUCGUCGAGGGCGAGGCCGGCGCCGAGACGGUCUACUACGCUGCCGCCUGCCGCAUCGCCAACUUUCUCGAUCUGCCGAACAUGCCGACGCCGGACCCGCUGCAGCGCGAGAUCCACAUCCGAGUCUACUGGUCCCUCUGCAUGAUCGACGUGUGGUCGUCGACGGGCGUUAACCUGCCGCUGCUGAUGAACCGACGGCACGACGUGCCGCUGCCGAUGAAUGAGUCGACGUUUCUCAACAUGAGCCGCGCGAGCAGCAACCACUUUGACUUUAUCCUGUCGCCGAACCGCGAGGACUCGCUGAUCGCGCAGAACAUCAAGCUCAACAGCAUUCUCAUGAAGGUCAACGACGCCAUCAAGACGCUGACGUCGGACGCGUCGGUCACGAGCAUCGACGAGACCGUGUCGAGCCUGUCGCAGGAGCUCGAGGCCUGGGAGGUGGCGCUGCCGCCGAGCAUCCGCGACACGCCGUCGAACCUGCACGCGUUCGCGUCGCAGGGCCAGGGGCGCAUCUUCAUCGCCGUGCACGUGAGCCACUACCACUUUUCGCAGCUGCUCUUCUACCAGUACCUCGACGAGCAGCAGCGGUUCCCGGCGUCCCUGACGGCGCAGGCGUUCGCGCGCAAGUGCAAGGCCAACGCGGCGUCGCUGUCGCGCAUCAUCGACCUCGCCAACACGACGCCCGGCUGCGACUGCUUCUUCAACAUGCUCGGCCACAUCAUCGUCGUCACGUCCUCCGUCUUCAUCCACACGCUCCUCUUCGAGACGGACGAGGCCGAGGUCGCCGCCGCCCGCGCCCAGCUCGAGCGCAACUUCAACUCGCUCGUCACCCUGCGCCAGUACUGGCCCGCCCUCGAGGUCUGCUUUGCCCGCCUCAAGACGUUCCACGAGCUGUGCCGCAAGAGCACGGACCACACCUACCGCAUGGACCGCUGGAUGCUGCGCUUCCUCACCGAGUUUGCCCGCCCCAUUGACGAGAAGGAGCGCGAGGAGGAGGGCAGCGUCGACCUCGACCGCUGGAGCAUUGGCAACAUCGGCAUCAGCCCGGAGAACUGGGCGUAG